AUGAGGAUUAAUCGCAAGUUGGAUCUUGGGCAUCAAAUAUUUGUCGCUAAUUGUGCGAAGGCAAAUAUUGGUUCUAUUAAAUCGUGGAAGCUUUACAGGCAAAUGGUUGGAGAUUAUACUGAUGUUGGGGCCACUGGUGUAGACUUUCAGAAUUUUAAGCGUGAUUUAAUGGCAUACAUUCGCGGCGGCGAUGCACAAUUGAUUACUGAGAAGUUCCUUCAUAAAAAAGAGUUAUGGUCUUCAUUUUUCUUUGACUAUGAUGUGGAUGAGUAUGAUCAGCUUUCACGUGUGUUUUGGGCAGACCCAGUAGCACGACGGAAUUUUGCGUGCUUUGGGGAUGUGGUUUCUUUUGAUGCGACGUAUCGGACGAACAGGUAUAAGCUUGUGUUUGUGCCAUUUACCGGCAUUGAUAAUCACAAGAAAUCAGUCACGUUUGCCGCGGGGUUGAUUGCAAAGGAAGAUGUUGAGUCCUAUGUCUGGUUGCUUGAUAAUUUCAAACGAGCUAUGGGCCACGAGCCAACAUACAUUAUUACCGAUCAAGAUCCAGCCAUGCGGGUGGCUGUCCCCACGGUGUUCAAGUCUGCACGUCAUCGCUUCUGCAUGUGGCAUAUCAUGUCAAAGGUUGGUGACAAGGUGGGUUCAGUGGUUGCCAAGGAUCAGUCGUUUCGCCGUGCUCUUAAUGAUGUUGUUUGGGAUGAGUCGAUAACAAUAGAGGAGUUUGAAUCUAAAUGGCUUGGUGUUAUGGAGGCCUAUGGUCUCAGUGAGCAUAGGUGGUUCCGCCAGAUGUUUGAUUUACGUGCAUUUUGGAUUCUAGCUUUUUUUCGAGACUUGCCUAUGGGUGGUUUGUUGCGAACGACUUCCCGGUCGGAAUCGCAGAAUAGUUCAUUUGGGGGUUGCACUAAUUGUCAUGCGAGCUUAGUGGAGUUUUUCUUUCAUUUUGAAGGUGCUAUUGAUUGCCAAAGGCAUAAGCAGGCUAAGCUCAAUGCGGCAUGUGAGGGCCAUUUGCCAGUGGUGAAGACGCCUUUGGCAAUUGAGCGGUAUGCAGCUGCUGUUUAUACUAUUACUGUAUUCUAUGAGGUGCAGGCAGAGAUUGUGGCUGGGUGUUUUGAUUGUUCUGUUGUGUCUUCCGCUGUUGAUGGUGUCUUAAAACGUGUUGGAGUAGAAGACACAUAUGGUGUGGCCAAUAGCAGGGGUGAUUCGAAGCAGGUUUGGAAUGAUUUUUACAGUUGUGUUGCUCUUGCCAGGCAUAGCUCGGAUCGUAUUAUGGAGUUGUCCCGUGUUUUGAAGGAGUUGAAACUGUCAUUUGUCAAUGCCGACACUAGUAUUGGUACGUCCAUUGGUAAGUCUGGUGUUGUUCAGGCGUUUGGUGGUGUGAUCACGUCUUCUAAUAUUCUUGUCCACCCACCAACCGUUGCUAAGAAUAAGGGUUCUGGGAAGCGGUUCAAAUCGGCCAAAGAGCUUGCUGCAGAGAGAGCUGCAAAGUCUACACGAGAGUGCAAGACUUGUCACAAAUUUGAUGGGCAUGACAGUCGUAAUUGCCCGCUUAAAGACUUGUUUAUAAAAUAA